AAGUUCUUCAUCCCAUCGCCGACACAGCAAGAGUAAACACUUUUUUCCCCCUGUAAAGAAUUUUCCCAACAAUUUUAACACCCAAAUUCCUGCAAAAGAAAUCCCAUCCCGUUCCCCCUUCCUAAACGCAAGUGUGCAAAUGUGCUAGCCCAAACAUGAAUACUGUCCAUGCAAAAAUAGAAAACAUUUGCAGGCUCUGCUUGUCCGGCGAUGAUGACAACUUGGAAUCUAUUUUUGGUGAUAGUGGGAGCGAACUGCUGCAGAUGAUAAUUUACGACUGCACAUCGGUGAAGGUAUCUCCCCGCCACGGAUAUCCCAACUCCAUCUGCGUGCCAUGCCGGACCAAGGUAGAGGGCUUCCACCAGUUUCGACAAAAUUGUAUACAGAACGAUGAAUACCUGAGAACGACCUUCCUCGAGCCGGAAGUCGUCAUCAAGACCGAGCCGGACAUUGUGAUAUCCACCGGUGACGACGACGAAGAUGACGAUGGCAAUAAUAACAACGGCAUCGCGGAAGAUGAAGAAUUAGAAGACGAUGAGGACGAUAUCAACGAGGCCGAUAUUGAAGAAUGGGACGAAUCGGAAUCGAACGACGUUCCGGACGUAACGAUGGCAAGCGCCGAGCAGUUGCUGCUGGGAAGUGGCAUCAGUAUCACGGCUAUUGCCCGACCCACCCUAGUUCCUAUGUUCAAGUGCGAGUACUGCUCGGCGGAGUUUGCCGUACUGGAGCAGCUGGAGAAACACAUUACUAGUCACACGGAAGAGAAGAUUUUCAAGUGCUUUUACUGUCCAAAGACGUUUCACUUUGCCAAGAACUUGAACAUGCACGUGGAGUACAUCCAUUCGAAGGUCAAGUAUUCCCAGAAGGCAGCAACCAAGAAUGCGAUCUCUCCGCCAAACUUUCUAGUCCCCAACGAGAAACACAACCCAAAUAUGGCACUUAGUCCUAGCAACAACAACAACAAUAAUGUAACCACCAUCGGAAUCCGAGGUGGAAAACCAAUGCAGCUGCAUCCGGCGCUAGUGAACCGGCAGCUUUCGAUUGUAGCAUCACCGCCACAACCACAACCGCCACCUCCGGCCCCCGUUCGAAUGGUCAGCAAUCACGAGUGUCACGUGUGCCACAAAUCUUUCAGCGAUCUCCGCCAGCACAUGCUGAUCCACGACGGAAACGAAAAACCUUAUAAAUGCGACAUCUGCGCCAAGUCUUUCUUCAACGCUUCGACCCUGAAAACCCACUACCGAAUCCACAGUGAUGAGAACCCGUUCCGGUGCUCAACGUGCACCAAGGUUUUCGACAACGCGAGAAGUCUGGAGUUGCACUACCGAACUCAUACCGGUGAACGACCCUACUCGUGCGACGUGUGCCUCAAAAAGUUCUCCUGCUCGUCCAACCUGAAGCGACACCGGAAGUUGCACGACCGGGACUAAACAGGAACCAAAAGUAAACGCUAACCUAUUCGCAUUUAUAACGAAAUUUAACUUGAUCACACAACUAGACGAAUACGCGCAUUUUAGAGGGUCAUUUAUAUUAGCAGUGCCACACCAAACCGGACGCAGUUAAAAUGUGUUGCUAGCUAGUGCUAAUCAAUCCUAUUAAUAUCGUACUAAUCUACCAACUAAAACGAAACAAGCAGUGGUAAAAUUUGCUUCCAAUCCUUGAGCAAAAAAAAAUACCAAAACUAAAGAAGGCAAGUCCUCAAACUAUCUAAGUCAAUGUAUUUAUUUUUGUAACUUAUUAUCUAGUCGUUAACCGAAGAAAGCUGUAGAUACACACCCUACAGGGUGAAAAACACUGUUUUUAUGUAUACUGUUGAGCUUAUGAUAUCAUAAUAGAGCGUUAAAAAAAACUGAACUGUAUAACCGUGCAAUCUACCAUUGAUCGAGAACCAGCACACGCAAUAAUUAGGAUAGUUCCGAAAGAAGGAAGGAAAUAAAGUUAUGUUAAUCGAAAUUUAAAA